UCUUCAUUUUGUCAUCUCCAUCCUCUUGAUGAUGAGAGAGAAAAAGAAGCCCUCCCUGCGUGGGCCCAGGCAACAGCCACCCGACUCCUACUCAUGUCUUUAUCUCAUAAAUUCCUCAACUCCCACGUCGCCAAUUCCAUUUCAAUUCCAGUUUUUUUUACACCGUUGCAAAGGGCCGCAGCAGCUAAAGCUGCGCUUUCGCUUCAAAAUAGUUUCUUGAAAGUUGCAAUUCUCAGAAUUGAGUGCCGAGUGAUAAAAGGGCUCUGCUUUUCCCCCCAUAAAAAUCGAUUCUUGAACCCUCCCAUUUAGUUCGCGGCAGAGAUAAAAGGAAAAAAUUGUUUCUUUUCUGAUUUUGAAAAGGGCCGCUUUUUGUUCGUGUUUGUGAGUGAAGAAAAAGCGUUGCUUUUUCAAUCCCUCUCUCUCUUGGAUUGAAGAAUGUUGUUGAAGAAGCUGCAUUUGUCGGCAUUCUUGCUGCUAAAUCUCUGCCUUCACAUUUCCUCCUUAAACCCCGAUGGCUUAUCUCUCCUCUCUCUAAAAUCCGCCGCGGACGCCGCCGCCGCCGCCUUAUUCGCCGAUUGGAACGAGAACGACGCCACGCCCUGCCGCUGGUCGGGAAUCUCGUGUAUGAACGUCUCCGGCUCCGACGAUCCGCGCGUGGUCGGAUUAUCCUUCGCCGGAAAGAAUCUCCGCGCCUACAUUCCGUCGGAGCUCGGCAGCUUGAUCUAUCUCCGGCGCCUCAAUUUGCACGACAACAAUUUCUACGGCGCAAUUCCUGAUCAAUUGUUCAAUGCCUCUUCUCUCCACAGCAUUUUCCUCUACGGAAACAAUCUCUCCGGCUCGUUGCCUCCCUCUCUGUGCAGCCUCCCUCGCUUGCAGAAUCUUGAUUUCUCGAACAAUUCGCUUUCCGGGCAGCUGCCGAAGUUCUUGCAGAAUUGCCGGCAGCUGCAGCGGCUGAUUCUGGCUAGAAACAAGUUUUCCGGCCAGAUUCCGGAGGGGAUUUUUCCGGAGCUGGCUAAUCUCGAGCAGCUCGAUUUGUCUGCGAACGAGUUCAAUGGCUCGAUCCCGGAUGAUAUGGGGGAGUUGAAGUCAUUGUCAGGGACAUUGAACUUGUCUUACAAUCAUUUUGGAGGGAGUAUUCCAAAGAGUUUGGGUGAUUUGCCACUAACUGUGAGUUUUGAUCUGAGAGGGAAUGAUUUGAGUGGUGAGAUUCCUCAAACGGGGUCGUUUUCGAACCAAGGGCCUACUGCAUUCUUGGAUAAUCCUAGUUUGUGUGGCUUCCCUUUGCAGAGGUCUUGCAAGAACACUAGCUCAGAUAGUUCACCAGGGGUUGAGUAUGGUUCGGAUGGGAAUGACGGGGUUGGGGGGCGAAAGGGGCUGAGGCCGGGAAUGAUCAUACUAAUAUCCGUGGCUGAUGCAGUGGGAGUAGCGGUUGUAGGGUUGGUUAUCGUGUAUGUGUAUUGGAAGAGGAAGGAUUCUCAUGGUUGUAGUUGCACCGGGAAGGGGAAGCUCGGGGGGAAUGAGAGGGCGGGUUGUUGUGCUUUUCCUUGCCUCGGGUUUGGGGGUUUCCCUAGUAAUGACUCGGAGGUGGGGUCAGAAAAGGGGGCGAGUGGCGUUGGUAAUGGUAGUGGUGGGGUGAGUGGUGGAGAGGGUGAUCUUGUAGCCAUCGACAAGGGGUUUAACUUUGAGCUAGACGAGCUUUUGAGGGCUUCAGCUUAUGUGUUGGGGAAGAGUGGUUUAGGGAUAGUGUAUAAGGUUGUGCUCGGGAAUGGGGUUCCAGUGGCGGUUAGGAGGUUGGGGGAAGGAGGGGAGCAACGGUAUAAAGAGUUUGUCUCGGAAGUGCAGGCGAUUGGGAGGGUGAAGCAUCCGAAUGUGGUGAAGUUGAGGGCGUACUAUUGGGCGCCGGAUGAGAAGCUUCUCAUCAGCGAUUUCAUCUCUAAUGGUAGCUUGGCCUCUGCUCUUCGUGGGAAGGCCGGGCAGCAAUCGUCCUCGUUAUCGUGGACGAUCCGGCUGAAAAUCGCUAAGGGGGCAGCACGCGGCCUUGCCUACCUCCACGAAUGCAGCCCGAGGAAAUUCGUGCACGCAGAUGUGAAGCCAUCGAACAUCCUCCUAGACAACGACUACCAGCCCUACGUAUCCGAUUUUGGCCUCAACCGACUCAUCACCAUCACCGGGAACAACCCCUCCUCCUCCGGUGGCUUCAUCGGAGGCGCCCUCCCAUAUAUCAAAGCGCCUCAACAGGAAAAGGUCAACAACUACCGGGCACCAGAGGCGAGGAUCCCCGGUGGCCGGCCUACACAAAAAUGGGAUGUGUACUCGUUUGGAGUAGUGCUACUCGAGCUGCUUACCGGGAAGUCUCCGGAGAUCUCCUCCCCCACAAGCUCGACCUCCACGGAGAUUCUAGACCUGGUGAGGUGGGUGAGGAAGGGGUUCGAAGAGGAGAGCCCGUUGUCGGAAAUGGUGGAUCCCGUGUUGCUCCAAGAGGUACAUGCCAAAAAGGAAGUGCUCGGAGCGUUCCAUGUAGCCCUAGCGUGCACGGAGAGCGACCCGGAUGCCCGGCCGCGGAUGAAAACCGUGUUGGAGAAUCUCGAGAAGGUCGGAGGAUGAGAGGCUAAGGAUUUGUGUUUCAAGAAGAGUUUUUUCCCCUCUGUUUCCAUAUAAUUCUUUUUAUGAUUUUAUCUACAAUUUCAUUUUGCAUCUUCCAAGUAGGAAACUAGCUAUGGUGUAAUUUAUCCUGUUUUAACGUAUUUUCUUGUAAUAAACCGAGCCUAUAUAUAGUUAUUUCAAUUUUGUAUUUUCA